AUGACGGUAUGGUGCAGUACAAACUUUAAUCGUUAUAAAACCAGUUUAAACCAAUCAUCGAUCGACGCGUGUAUAUCACCGAUUUCAAUAAUGACGAGACAAUUGGCUAUUAUGAGCAAACUAUUCAGGCCGUGGGUAACGUGCCGGUGCGUCGACUGUAAUAUGACCAUCGAUUCGGACCGAUUGGCUACCAUCAUGAAAAUGGCGUUAAGCGAUAAACCAAACAAUAAUAAUAAUAAAAGCAAUAAUAAUAAUCGGGAAAUUGUCGGUGAAUUUAGCGGCGGUUAUCAGUCGACACAUUCCGGCGCCAAACGGAAAGCCAGUCGACCAGUGGUUGGCAAUGUUGUGAGCCUCUGGAGGACUCGAGUGACUGUCACUCCCAUAUGUCUGACGCGACAAUUGUCUACUAGACUAUUGCCCGCCGAGUUUGUUAUCAGUACAAUGAUUCAUAAAGAUCCGGGUACCUUUAAGACACGAGAACAGUGCAAUACCAAGUGCAUUAGUACUAUUAAAUAA